GUUCAGCGUUGUUUAGGGACAUUAGGAAGAUGGCGGCUGCCCAGCUCUACUGUGUCUGCCGGCAGCCCUAUGAUUUUAACCUGUUUAUGAUCGAAUGCGACAUUUGUAAGGACUGGUUUCACGGCAGUUGUGUCCAGGUAGUGGAGCACUAUGCCGCCGAUAUUGAUGUUUACCACUGUCCCAACUGUGAGCCCAUCCAUGGACGCUCUCUGAUGAAAAAGCGUAAUAACUGGCACAGGCAUGACUACACAGAGCCAGAUAACGGCACACGGCCGGUGCAAGCGGGAACUGCUGUGUUUGUACAGGAACUCCAGGCCAGGAGCUUCGCCAGCGGCAAUGAAAUUCUGGUGCAUAUGCAUGGGAGUCAGGUGACCCAACAGUACCUGGAGAAAGAGGGCUUCCAUUACCCCAUAGUGGUGCCUCAACUGGAUGGCCUGGGCCUUAAAUUGCCCCCUCCAUCUUUUUCUGUCAAAGAUGUGGAGCAUUACGUGGGUGCCAAUAAAGUUAUCGAUGUCAUUGAUGUUGCGAAACAAGCGGACAGCAAGUUGAAGCUGGGAGAGUUUGUGAAAUAUUUCUACCAGCCCGAACGGCCCAAAGUGUUAAACGUUAUCAGCUUGGAGUUCUCGGAUACAAAGAUGGCUGAUUUGGUGGUUGUUCCGGAAUUAGCGCAGAAGAUGUCCUGGGUGGAGAACUACUGGCCCGACGACUCGUUCUUCCCCAAACCAUUUGUGCAGAAGUACUGUCUGAUGGGAGUAAAGAACAGCUACACAGACUUUCACAUCGACUUUGGAGGGACCUCAGUGUGGUACCAUGUGCUCUGGGGUGAAAAGAUUUUCUACUUGAUCAAGCCGACUAAGGCUAACCUUGCACUAUAUGAGUCGUGGAGCUCAUCGCAUAAUCAGAGCGAAGUAUUCUUCGGCGAUAAAGUCGACAAGUGUUACAAAUGUGUGGUUAAGCAGGGAUCUACAGUCUUCCUUCCCACUGGCUGGAUCCACGCAGUGCUCACCUCUCAGGACUCCAUGGCGUUCGGGGGGAAUUUCUUGCAUAACUUAAACAUUGACAUGCAGCUCAGGUGUUAUGAGAUGGAACGUAGACUGAAGACUCCAGACCUCUUUAAAUUCCCUUACUUUGAGGCCAUCUGCUGGUAUGUGGCCAAAAACCUUCUGGAGACCAUGAAAGAGUUGCGGGAGGACAAAUGUCAACCUCAGGGUUUUCUGGUGAACGGAGUAAAAGCUUUAAUCUCAUCACUGAGGACAUGGCUGAGGAGAGAGCUGACUCAACCAAACAGUGAGGUUCCCGAUAAUAUCAGGCCAACACAUCUUAUUAAAUCUCUGACUAAGGAGAUCCGCUACCUGGAGGAAGAUCCGAAUAAAUUUGGAAAAUCUCAGGAAAGUGCCGAGUGCCCAUUAACACGCUCAUCACUGGAGAGGGGUUGUCAGGCACAGCGGGCGGCACGCCGGCUACAUCGACAUCGGCAUCAUCAUAAUCAUCACAGCCACAAACAUCCAUCUAAUCUGGACGUCCUGGAGCUUCACACGCUGGAGGUGCUCAAGAGACUGGAGGUCGGACAGCUGGAGGAGGAUCCAGUCUUUAACUCCAAAGUGAAUGGCAAGUUUAAGAAAGUUUCUUCAGUGUCUGCUGCGGCUGUUGAUGGUAAUAAUGAUAAUGCCCUGCGUCUGGUGCUGUGUAAUGGCAAAAUUAUGAGAGAGAGGCUGUCUGUUAGUAAUAGGGUGACCAAAGACAUUGGUGUGGAAAAGUCACAAGAGGUCAAGUUGGAAAGAUUGUCUGUACGCCCACAACAAGAAGUGAAAAAAGAAGAAACAGAGGAGGAUAUUGGAGUAUGUUGCACUAUCAAGGAAACAAUCAGCCAUGAUGAAGCUGUGAAGAAAGAACUCAGGACAGAAUCGUCACAACAUGUAGCAUCAUCAGACACAGACUCGGAGUCAGACGCAGAACAUUCUGCUGAGAAACACACAUCAGAGUCUGAGAGUUCUGAGGAUGAAGAUGCUGGACACCAGAGUGACUCAGGGAGCGGCCAGAGGCACAACCAUCAUGAGCGAUCACUAAAACGAGAACGUCCUACCUCACCAAACACUCAAAAUGCCAUUCAGGGCAUGCUGUCAAUGGCGGGGUUGCUGUGUCGAGAAGAGUCCGAAGAGGGCGCUAUUCUACAGCAGCCUUGGUGGUCCAACCAGGGUAGUAGCAGUGGUAACAGUAGCAGCAACAGUAGCAGUGACGCGUGGGACAGCAGCGAGCCCUGUUCGGCACCAAGAACCCCAGAUGGAGAGGGAGGAGGGCUCCAUCUGGGAGAUGUGUACUUGUACAGGGAGAGCUCAGUUUCUCCUCCACUUCAUCCCUCCAAGAGACACGCCCCUAACCCCACACCCAUCAGCAACCAGGCCACUAAAGGAAAGCGUCCUAAAAAAGGACAAGCGACAGCUAAACAGAGGCUGGGGAAGAUAUUAAAGAUGAGCCGCCAUAAAGGCUUAUUCCUGUAGCACGAUGCCACGUGUAAUAAAUCAGCUGCUUUUCAUAAUACGCUGGGAUUAUCAUCACACACACAGUUCUCUUACUCACUGUGCAUGUAUAGGUCACAGGGUAUGUUUAAUGGCUCACACUCAUUUUUGUAUACAAGUCAUUAUCCAUCAACGCAGGGAAAACUAAAAAAAACGACAGCCAAAAGUUUCACACGGAAAGCAAAAUUGAAAGCGAACCGUUCAAUGGAGCUUCAGAAAACAGAUCGGAUCAAUAAGGAAGUAUGCUUGUUGGAUUCAGUGUGUCCUACAAAAAAGGACAUCACCCCGCAGGUGUGUAUCCUUCUCUCCCCAACCCUACCUCCAAUUGCAUCUGUACCGCGAGAGUACAGGUGCCUGCAUAGACCUUAAUACCCUGACAAUGGGACCGUCAUUGAUUCGUCGUUCCUCCAAGUCGUUUUGAUUCAUAUUCACCUCUUUCUCCUUUGAUUGUCUCAGGCUGAUGUAUUGUGGUUUAAGGCUGAGGUGUUGAAAUGGUGCUAAACAUUCAUCCUUCACUAACCCCUUUGCCCCUAUAAGCAAUAAUUGUAUGGCAGUGAGUGAUGGUGUGUUGAUUUAGUGGAUGCAACGUUCACAUCAAACGUAACACCAUAGGAUAAAUGUCAUUCUUAUGUAACUAUAUCAUUUUCCCUAUUAAUUCUCUGGUAUUUCUAAAUAGACUAUUUGAAAGGAUAGUUCAUGUCAUAAUUUUUACUAUUAAGUUGUUACAAACCUGUUUGUUUUUUUUGCUGGACACAAAGGAAGAUAUUUUGAAAAAAAAAAAAUUUAGAGCACCAUUGACUUCCAUAGUAUUUUUCUUAUCAACAAUGGAAGUCAAUGGUGCUUCUGUUUCCUGCUUGAGUUGAUUGUAAAUAUCUGUGUUCAGCAAAAACCAAAAAAAUUAUACACGUUUGUAACCGCUUUAGGGUGCGUACAUGGUGACAGAAUUAUUAUUUUUGGGUGAACUAUCCUUUUAAAGGGUUUGUACAUAUUAAACUCUUUUGACUGUUUUUGUGGCGUGCAUAAUUAAAAAAAAUAAUUUUAAAUGACCCUGAAUUGAAUCAAUAACGUAUGAUGCUAAUAUAAUAAUGCUAUAAAUAAAUAAUAAUUUGCUCUUGGUAUUAUUUGUAAUUUAUACGAUAUUGUGUGUAGUAAUAAAUAGCAUGCCAUAUACCGUCAAUGGACCUUAACUUGUACUGGCCCCAGAAUAUUCCUAUUUCAGAGACAAACAUUAUAUAUAUAGUGUCACAAAUUCACUUGUCUAGUUGGCUACACCUAGUGGCUGUAAAUGGGGACUGCAUCUUACAGUGCAGCAUUUUGAAAUACUUUGUGAUGUGGUUUGCAAGGGCUGAAUAUGCUUGCCAUGUGAUUGACAAUGAUCUAUAGCUUAUUCUGCUUAAUUUAUGUUCUGUGUAGCUUGUUUUAAAUAUUUUUUGACUGGAUGACUUUAUUUAUUAAUUUCAAAGAUAUAAGGAGUUCUAUUGCGAUUUAAGGUUUAUUGGUUUUCUUUACAUUUGAUAUGUUUGUAAAUAGGAGUACAAUUUUGAAUGAUUAACGAACUUUCAAGUUCACCUUUACAGAUUUUGUAGUAAACACAAAAUCAUUUGACUUUGUCAAAUUUAGCUUUAAAAAAAAAUAGAUUUUGUUUUGUUGUCUUUAUUACCUAUUGAAAUGGAACAAAAGUGGGAAAAAAAAUAUUGUGGUGCUUGGGUGGGAAUUUCGAGGAGAGGCUAUGAAUUGUUUUCUCAGGGAACAACUAACAGAUGACAUCUUUUGAAUUCAUCACCAGCACUGUCAUACAAUCUCACGAUGUUUUGUACUCGCCUCCCAACAAAUCUGCCAACAGUAUAUAUAUAUAUUCAUUUAUUGUGCUUUUUGUUGGUCUAUUUUGUGUACAUUUAAGACCAAGACAGUUUUCCCCACUGUACCGUGUCAAAUAUAAUUGUGAGUUUGUGAGAGUUUUCGAAUAGAAUAGCGCCGCUGUUUUGGAAGAGGUGCGUUGGUUCGAAAUGCACUAUUUUGGAUUUUGAGGACUUGAAUUGGAUAAAUGAUUAAACUCAGGCUUUGUUAGUUUUGAGUUGUUUUCAUCUACGUGUUUUGUAACAAAAUAUUCCUCUGUUCCACACAUGAACCUUAAUGCACCCUUUUAAAAAAACAAAAAUGUUUCUAAAAUGUGUAUUUCUGAAGGCAAACAGCAUGUCUCAAUCAUAAAUGAUCAGUAGAUCUGGUUUCCUUUGCAUUGAUGCAUUAAUUGUACAGUAUUUAUAAAGUUAUUGCAUUUCCAGCUGUGGUAUAGACUUGAGAGUUAACGUCACUGUGUUUUCGGAUUCCGUGUUCUGUUCCUCUUUAGCGUUUCCUGAGUUCUCUUUGAAAGUUUUGGAUGUUUUUGAUUUUCUCCAAUGCAAUGUAAAUAUUAUGAUGAGGGAAAUGUUUUGUAGAUCACACUGUUUUCCCGUUCCCUUUACCAGAUGUUAGAUGAUAAAAACACUGUUCUACUGAUAAACAUUCAAGACUUA